GAGAGCGGCAGAGUCCGCGCUGCCUCGGAGCCGAAGCCCGAAUGGAAUAUGCUUUUCAGUUUCGAUGCCAGAACAAUGAUUCCACCGGGGGAAUGUCUGUAUGCUGGAAGGAAAAGACGGAAACCCAUUCAGAAACAGAGGCCUACUUCUGGGACUGGAAAAACAAAUCCUUCAAAGAGACAUAGAGACCGACUGAAUGCUGAACUAGAUCACCUGGCCAGCCUCCUGCCUUUCCCACCAGACAUAAUUGCUAAAUUGGACAAACUCUCUGUUUUACGCCUCAGCGUCAGUUAUCUUCGAGUUAAAAGUUUCUUUCAAGCAGUUCAAGAGAAGCAGCUGAGAAAGACUGCAAAUAAUGGAAUGAAAGAUGUUGGAGUCCUCAAAGAACCCGUCAUCUCAGAAGGUGGACUCUUACUAGAGUCACUGAGUGGUUUUGCACUGGUAGUAAGUGGUGAUGGAAUGAUAUUCUAUGCGUCACCAACCAUUGUGGACUAUCUAGGAUUUCACCAGACUGAUGUAAUGCAUCAAAAUAUAUAUGAUUACAUUCAUGUGGAUGACCGUCUGGAUUUCUGCAGACAACUACAUUGGGCCAUGAAUCCACCAAAGCUAGUAUCUGGAGAGCAUACACACAGAGAGACAGGGGAAGAAUUCAUUCUUAGCAAAAUGUGUAAAGAACAGGAGAGUGACAAUACAACAGCAGACUUUUCAUCAUUUUUAACUCGUUGUUUUACUUGUCGAAUCCGCUGCCUCUUGGACAGCACCUCUGGUUUCCUUACCAUGCAUUUUCAAGGUAAACUAAAAUUUAUCUUUGGACAGAAGAAGAAAUCAUCCUCAGGAACAAUACUACCUCCCCAGCUGUCCUUAUUCUGCAUAGCGGUGCCACUCCUGCUUCCUUCCGUGACAGACAUGAAGUUAAAAAGUUUUUUUGUGAAAGCAAAAUGCAGAUCUGAUCAUACAGCAUCAGCCGAUACAAACUCAAAGACUCUUUCUGGACAGCGUUUGGCUGAUUUUCAUAGAAGAAAUUCUUUCCAAGAAGGUGAAUGUAAUAGAGAAAACGGCAUUUCACUGAUGAGAUUCCAAGCAAACAAGGACCACUGGUUUUGGGUACAGGCCAGUACUAAUGUUCAGUACAGAAAUGGUUCCUCAGAAUGCAGCGUUGCUCUUCAACAAGCUCCCAAGGAAGAGAAAAUUCAGAAGAUACCAAACAUCAUUGCAAGUAUAAAAGGAAACAGGGAACAGUUGGGACAGAUGAAGCAUCAUAAGUGGAGCCCAAGGAAAAAAGAACAGGAGAACACAAAAGUGAAGUUUGAACCUAAUACUGAGCAUUUUACUCAGCAAGAAUUUGCUAAUCCUGCUGUCUCACUGUUUGGUGUCCAACACAAUAACAGUGGAAAUGGCACAUGGACAUCAAACAGCGCCUCCGGUUUUUGCUUUAGAGGUCAGCGUCAUGAGAACAUGUGCUGUAACAAAACUCCAAGACCGUUCUACAGCAGAGAGGAGCGGUUCUUCAGUUUGUCUUCAACAGAGAGAGAAAAUUGUCAGCUACACCCAGGCUUGCAGCAAUGCUCCGCAGACAGUUAUUUGGAAGAAUGCAUGAAAUUACCAUGUCCCCCAGUAUCUCCAGGAACUCUGUACAACAAUAAUUUGCCUCACAACACACUGAUAAAAACAGAAUAUGAUUCAGAUUCUGAAAAUAUAGCUAACAGCCAUACCAUUUUACCAAGUUGUGCGUGGGUGGAUGAAAACAGCACAGUCAAAAAGCACUUUCCUGCAAGAGUCCACCUUAAAACAGAACUCGGCACACCAUCAUCCCCACAACAUUGUGUCUAUCCACCGUAUAACUGGCAACACAUAGUGAUGCAUCAUUCCAAUAACGUUAGUAGAAGUGGACUUGGCAAAGCAACGCCAAACAAAGAAUCAUUUUUACUGGACCUUUCAAAAUCCAUUGGCGCAGAAGCUAUGGAGAGCCCACAAACUUCGUAUUAUAGCAAUCAGUUCUAUAGUAGCUUUUCAGUCGAAGAGAAGGGGCUGAAUACGCAGGUUCUGAAGUCACACUCUGAGUUUAAAAAUCUCUGCUUGAAUCAGACAGUUAAACAUGAACCUUUCGAUUCUCGUCCUAUCUCCAGUAAUACUCAGACAACAGUAGAGAUGACUUUCUGUGAAACACCAUUAGCUGAUUCUCAUCCUCAUAAAAUAAUGCAGCAGCAAACUGUUUGAUGUGUUGUGGUGCUACAGAGUUUGGCAUUGGUAGUGCAGAAAUGGGACACAUAGCAGAAAAUACCUCAUUCAUAAGACAUUUUCCAUUGUAGGGAUCCAGAGCUAUACAUGCUAUUUAUGAUAAAUGUUCUAGAUUUACAGUUAUUGGCAUUUUUACGGUAUCAUGGAGUGUAAUUUCCAGUCACCCACAGAAUCUAACAGAGGGGUGUGCUUCAUAUUUAUAAAAAUAUAAACCAAAACUGUGUAAAACUACAUAGAAAUUUGUUAUUCUUUGCUAACAGCAGCCAUACCAUCUGUGGUUCACAGUUUAAGAGGGUCUUUGUGUUAUUCAAAGAAUUAAACAGAAACAGAAUUGGGUUGUUGUAGGUUUUUUUGGGCUAUAUGGCCAUGUUCUAGAGGCAUUCUCUCCUGACGUUUCGCCUGCAUCUAUGGCAAGCAUCCUCAGAGGUAGUGAGGUCUGUUGGCACUAGGAAAGUGGGUUUAUAUAUCUGUGGAAUGACCAGGGCGGGACAAAGAACUCUUGU